AUGGCAGACCGCCCGUCUCAUAAACACUUCAAGAAGUUGAGGAGCGUUUUUAGCUCUCGAGAAGGCAAAGUUAGAGGAGUUAAAGAGCUACUCCCACCGGGUGCGAGUACGUCGAACGACGGCUUCCUCCCCGCGCCAACAAACCCUGCAUGUCACGGAGAAUCAUUAUCGCACUCUGGAUUUGUCACAGAUGACGAGCGUUCGUCAUAUCAAGCUUCGGAGGCUGGCUCGAUAAAUCCAGCCGACGAGGACGGCGUCCCCCAGAAUGAGUUGGGCCGAAGUAAUGCGAAGGCCAGCUUCUGGGAGCAGGCCUACCAGGAUCUUUUGACUAAUCCAAAAACAAAAUCAUUAAUGAAGGAUUAUGACCGAGUCAUGGCAGAGUCCAAAAAUGAGGCUGCCAUUAAAGACAAGAAAGUUGAUGGCAGUGACGGUCUCACUGCUGCUGUUGUUCCUGCUGCUAAUGGUUCUCCUGCUGCUGCUGCUCCUGCUAAUUCUGCCACAGAAGGCCCAGGCGCGGGCGGGGACGAGGAACAGCAACAUAAGAUACUGGGAAAAGAUAGUGAAAUGAAGGACUUAGUUUCUCAGAAGCUGAAGGAAAUGGAAGAUUCGGAAUGGGUGAUCAAAUGGAAAGGGAAUGAAGUGUUUCGUGUGAGGAAAGCUGUCAGCGAGGCAGUCAAGAUCGUGCAGAAGUUUUCAGGUCUGGCCAGCUCGGCUGCGAGUCUUGACCCUCUUCAUGCCGGUCUGGUAUGGGCUGGUGUGUCCUGUGUGCUACCUUUACUCCUCAAUGACACCAAAGAACGCACAAAAGCCGUCGAUGGCAUCGCAUCAACAUCCGAAACCGCCGCACGAUACCUCUUGAUCGAGCGCGACUACCGCGAUGGAAAGCUAGGGAAAAACGAUGAUUUCGAGCGCUCGGCGAUCAAAAUAUGCACUGAGAUUCUCAUAUUCUAUGCGCAGGCUGCUGUCUUCUUCGCUCGCAAUGAAUGGAAAAGAUGGCUCGUCAAUACGUUCAAGAUCGAUGAUUGGACUGGCGCUCUCGAAGCGAUAAGCGAAGCAGAAACAGCUUGUGAACGUUUCAGCGCCAUACUGACUUCGUCAGCUCUGCUAAAAGGCCGACAAGAGAUUGCAAAACUCCUGGCGGCUCAUGAGGAGGAAACAAUUCACAAGAUGGAAGCCUGGGUCUCUAACACCCAAGUCGGAGAGCAGCAUCACCAAGUGAGAGAAAAGCUUGGUCGUAGGUAUGCUGGCUCUGGGAAAUGGCUGUUGGAUUUGCCUGCUUUUGUUGAAUGGAAAAACAGUUCUCAUGGCAACUUCUGGCUUCGAGGUGCUGUGGGGAUGGGAAAGAGCUCACUUGUUUCUAUCGUCGUUGAAAAGAUGAAGAACGAGGAGGAUAAUUUUGCUUACUUUUACUGCACUAAUGCGUUGAGUAUCCCCGAAGCAACCGAGUCACCAAAAUGCACAAUUAUCAGAGCUUUAGCGGCGCAGCUUGCGUUGUCUCCAGAUAAAAAGAGCAUUGCGGAAGAGGUCAAACUCAAAUACGAGAAAUAUGUUAGCGAGGGACUUACUGGAGUAAAGCCUGGCUAUGAAGAUUUCUUAGAACUCUUUAGCAGAUUAAUUGCCAGUCGGAACUCAAUAACACUUGUUAUUGACGCCUUGGAUGAAUGUCCCGAUUACGUGGAGCUGCUUGCUGGGCUUAAAAUACUUUCUGAACGAAACAACAACCUCAGACUUCUCGUCUCCUCACAGCGGGUAGUCCCAGUCAACGCAUACCUUACACUCAGCAUCAAUACAAUCAGCUCAGCUCAAAAUCUGGAAGACAUCACAAGUUUCAUCCGAGGGGAAAUCGAAGUAUAUAAAUCGUAUCACCCAGGAGUCCUGACCGAUGAGUUAUCUCGCGACAUCGUCGACACUCUAUCCGAUAAGGCAGAAGGAAUGUUCAAAUGGGUAGAUCUACGUCUCAGGUUCUUGCUCGACCCAAGUGAUGAAGCAAAACAAGCCGACAUCCAGGAGAACUUGGACACUAUCAAGAAGAAGCCAAAUCAAGGUAUAAUUAAGAAGAUGGUGGAAGCGUACCAUACGCUUUACAAAAAACACUUACCCUUAAAUCCGGACACUAGCGCCAAGAGGGAGGCGGAGGCAGAGAAGAUUCUGGCGUGGGCUUUUGCCUCGAUUCGCCCCCUACAUCUACAUGAGAUCCUGAGUCUUGGCAAAGAAAGGUACGUCAAAGAGGUCGAGAAUCCGAAUGCAUCCGAACAGGAUAUCUCGAAACUAUGCCGCAUCUUUCUCUUCGUUUCCGAGAAUUCUCAACUUGUCGAGAUGUCACACUCAUCUGUGAGCGACUACCUUGCUUUGAAGUUUUCUGGCAAGCUCGACGAGUUCUUGGCAGAUACAAAGACCAAAAUUGAUGACAAAAAGCUGCUCCAAGAUGCUCACGAUCUGUCUAAAGUCUUGGUAAACAGGAGAGUCGCAGAGGAGAGCAUAUCUUACCUUCUCUCCACAAAAGAUCUCAAAUUCGGCCAAGACCACGCGAUUAAUCCAGAAUCUCUGCUCUCUUACACAGCAGAGUUCUGGUUCCAGCACGCCAAGGUACCCAUCCGAUCAGUGAAUCAAGUCAUCAAUGAGGACCAAGAAGAAAUGGUGCAAGAAAUACCGGAAGAUCUUAGAGGUUUGCGAUCGUUAUUCAAUCCACAAAAUUGUGGGGCAUUUGAUAAUUGGCUGACCAUCCACGACCCUGACAAAGUGACCAGAAUCAAAGGAAAAGAUCACUCAUCAGGUGGCCUUCGUGGUCAACAACUCUACUAUGCCAUGCUCCUCGGUAUCUGGGAUGUUGCAAGGGACAUGAUCGAUGAUAAUAGGGACGUUAAUAUCGUCGGCGGCUAUUUUGGUAACUGCAUACAACUUGCCGCAUACCGUGGUAACCAGCCCACGGUUUCCAAGCUUCUUGAUAAGGAUGUCAUGCUUAACGUGGAAGCUGGAAUAUUUGGCAGUGCUCUACAAGCUGCUGCCUCUCAAGGCCAUACGGACAUAUGCUCUAUGCUUCUCAAUCACGGUGCGGACGUCAAUGCAACAGGUGGCUUGCUGUGCAAUCCAUUGCAGGCUGCUUUGACUCGAGGUUCAAAAGCGACCAUUGAGCUUCUCACGAGUCGCAUUGGUGGAACUGAUCUACCAUAUGGCAACCUCUGGAAAGACGCCUUUUCAAAUAUUCCGGAAGAAAAGCGAAAAGUGUUCGGGGGUCACCUCACUCGCUUCGUGACCAUUGAUCUGCCUCACAACCUGACGUUCGAACAAGAGCUUCUUGCCUCCGUGGUCGAAAUUACUCGCAAUGUAGACCCCGAAAAAGCCUUUAACUCAUUUCUGGAAGCUUCAGAGCUCCAAAGGUCUUCAAGGAUCUCGGGAACACAGCGCGGUUAUUACCAAGCGAUCUUACAGAAGAUAUCCGAUAACGACAAAAAUGAGCCGUAUUAUCUCUAUAACCAACUGCCACUCAUUGCUUUCUAUUUGAUACUGCAGUCGGGUCCUAAGAUUCGGCGAAUUCAGCUUGAUUACGCCCCAGUUUUGGAUGCGAUUGCGAGAAUCAUAUCACAGCACGGAUAUUUUCUUGUCCACGCGAUGCUACCACGGGUCGACAACAAGGAGUCUCUACUAACGGAAAUACUGACAUAUCUUUAUACAGAAAUCUUCAAGAUGCUGGUGCGAAUUCUCGAACAAUCCCGUUUGACCGCGUUCCGCUAUGCAAUACUCGGUUUACGACACCGAGGCGCUACUCAGUCAGAUCCCCGAUCUCGCGCGACAUUCCCAGAGAACUGGUCCUGCGAACACGAGAAGUUGCACUUGAACCGAGAAACAGUCCCAACGUCGCCAAAGACUGAUACGUCCAGGCCACAGACAGCACAGAGCGUGACUGGAGAGUUACUCCAGACAAAUCGGACAACCGUCGAGGCGUGGGAGCCGUCUCAAAAUGAGUUGUGA